AACGCUUGUAAGACUACAGUAUAUAAGAAGCUUUUAACAAACAAUGACUGACAUUUCUGGUUGACUGAGUUCCCACCCUAACAGGAUCUUCGGCUGGAAAUCUAGUGUGUAAGAUUAACCUGUUUCAUCUACAAAUAGAAAUAUGGCAGACCAAAAACCUGUGACUCAGCAACCUGGCCAACAACCACCUCAGCCAGUUCAACCUGCACCUGGUCAGCCCCUUGCUGGACCUCCUCCUGGUCAGCCUAUGCAAUAUUAUGCUCAAGCUCCACCUGGGGCUCAGCCUUUAGCUUAUGGCCAGCCUCAGCAGUAUGGCCAGCCUCAGCAGUAUGGACAACCUAUGCAGGCUCCAUAUGGUCAACCUGGGAUGGUACCAAUGAACAUCCCCGGACAGCCCCCGGUGGUACAGUGGAUGGCCCGACCCCAGGCCAUUCCAGGCUGUCCCCAGGGCCUGGAGUACCUCACUCAGAUUGACCAACUCCUCAUCAAACAGCAGAUUGAAAUACUGGAGUUGUUCACGGGCUGGGAAAUGGCUAACAAGUACAAAGUUCUCAACAACCAGGGCCAACAAGUAUUCUUCGCUGCAGAAGAGUCGGAAACAUGUGAGCGCCAGUGUUGUGGACCAAACCGAGGUUUUAACCUUCAUAUUACAGACAAUACAGGACAGGAAAUCAUCAAAUGUGUUCGUGAGUUCAAGUGCUGUGUGGGGUGCUGCUGGUGUGCCAAUGCUGAUGGCUGUGCACAUGAAAUCGCCGUGGAGGCACCUCCAGGCACAGUCGUUGGAUACGUGAGACAGGAACAGAGUUGCUGGACUCCACACUAUAGUAUCAGAGACGCCAACCACGAACCCGUCCUCAAUAUCAAGGGACCAUGCUGUGUAAUGAAUGGAUGUUGUUGGGACCAGGAGUUCAUCGUGUGGUCAAAGGACUGGACUGCUGAAGUUGGCAAACUAAGCAAACAAUGGAGUGGAUUUGCCAAGGAGUAUUUCACUGAUGCUGAUAACUUUGGAAUCACAUUUCCCAUGGAUUUGGAUGUCAAGAUGAAGGCAGUCAUGUUGGGUGCUGUUUUCCUCAUUGAUUUCAUGUUCUUCGAGCAGAAGCAGAACAACCAGCACUAAAACUGAGGUGAAUUAUCAUGGAAAUUAGACGAAAACCAGCAACUCUAUUGUAUGUGGAUAUAUAAUGGACACAGGUGUUGCAUUAUCCUAUAAACAAGAAAUUUAAACACCUUAUAAACAAAAAACAUUAAAAGUUUGUUGACGAGAAGUUCAUCUUAUCCUCCUUGUAUUGUUAUAAUGGAAGAACAUUUUAUUUUAUUGAUAAGCAAGAUUUGCUCCUAAUUGUUUUGUUUUCAGACAGCUAGGUACCAAAGUAAGACUGUUCAUGCUUCAAAAGUUGUUGAUAAUAUUUUUCUUGUACUAAUAACAUAGGGUAAAUUAUUGAACAAAUUCAUAUUAAUAUCAAACAAGUGUUAGAAAUCACUUGAAAUUACUGUCAAUCAAUGAAUGACCAAUUACAGCUUUUAAAAAGAUGUCGUAAAACAUGACUAGAUCAAUACAUAUUGACUAAAAAAUGGCUACUGAAGGUAUGUUGAACUCUACAUAUACAUGGAAAUGUGACAGUUUUGGUUCAUGGCAUCAGAUAAAGAAAAAACAUACACUCUUCUGUUAAUUUAAACUUUCACAAAAACUAUAAAGGUUUUAUUACCACAUUCUGUGAAAAGAACAUCUAACAUUAAAAUGUUUAACUAUAGCCAUUAGCAGAGGCAUGCCUAUUAUUUCAAAUAUAAAUACAUAUUGUAUUCUAUAAAUACUUAAACAUCACUGGACACUAUUUAACAGCAUGUAACCAAAGUGUUGUAUGAAAACAUAUUACUCUUUAAGUGACUUAAUGUCUAAAUCUUUAUAUUUCUAAUCCGUAGUUACUAGAUUUUGAUAUACAAUAUUCAGGUAUUAUUUUGAUACAGUGUCUGUGAUUUGUACCUAUACACCAUGUAAAUCUAUGCCUUUCAGAAAUAAGCCUGGAACAUUUUAUGUCUUUAUGUAUACAAUAUACAGUGAAUGUAAUUGAUGGAAUUUAAUCUGCACGCUUGUUUAAUAUCCAUGCAUCCUGGAGCUUUUUUAGAAAAAAUUCAAGUUUUAUUCUUAAUUUGAAUUCUGAAUACUUUUCUACUGAAUUGUAGAUCCUGAAUUUUUUUCUGAAAAUGUGGUUCCUCUAAAUCCAGGUGUUAACAUGCUAUAUUGUAACAUUCAAUUAUUGUACAUUUGCAGAUACAGUGUAUAUAAACUUUUAUUUUUUGAAAAUCAUUCAUCAGUAUGUAAUCUUUUAAAUUUCGGCUUUUGUACUGAUAAAGAUUCAAACUUUGCUCAAAAUGUAACAUUUAAAAAUGUAUUGAAAUAUUGCUGAAAAAGGGACCAUAUCAUUGAAAUUCAAUUUUUUUUUAAAUCCUAAAAUAUGUAUAUUUUACCACUGUAAAGGAUACCACUAAAUGACUUAUGCAAAAAUACAUGUUAAAAUUUGUUGUAGUUAUUAAGUUAUUGUUUACGUACAUGAUUUUACAAGUGUAAUCCAUUCUGUAUUUGUCAUUAUAGUCUAAAAAUAUAAUUGGAGACUCAGCUUUUGCCCUAGAGUUUUUAUCAAAGAAUAUACAUGUAUUAAUAUUUUCAUAUACAUGUCUUUUAACAUAAUUAAAACUUCCAUAAAGGAUUUAUAAAGAAUAACGUUUAGUCUAAAAUGGACCUAAAAACUUACUGGACAGGUUUUGAAAAUAUAGGGUCAGAAACUAUAAUCUCACAAUUAAAUUUUUGGCAGAAUAUGUUCAUUUUAGUUGUGUGUGUAUAUAUUGAAAAUACAUUCUGUGUAAUGAGUUACAUAGUUAUCCUUGUAAAAUUACCUGUUUAUGCAUUACCAUACACUAUAUGACCGUUUUGUAUAUACUUUGUGGCCUAUGCUACAGUUGUUGCUUGCAUAUUCAGUCCACACAUAUGUUUGGUAUUAAAUAAAUUUUAUAUUAGGUAAAUUUUGAUUAUAUCUCAUUAAAAUCUGCAUGCUUUUUUCAAAUUUUGUCUUAAAUUUGGACUAACUGUCAAAUACAUAAUGAAUUAAGAAAAUAUUUGUACGGGUAAUGAAGAAAAAAAACUACAUGGAAAAAACGCUAUUACAUCUCUAUGAAACACUUCUGCUAGACCUGUAGGUACGAUGUCUAAGGGUGAUAGUAUCUCACCUAAGGAUGAUAUAAAGUCAAUGAUAUUAUAGUGGAAUGUACAUAUACUGUAACAUAUACCCCUAGACUAUAAAAGCUAUGGUAUUUUAUAUAUGCUUAAUUGAUAUAAAAUCCAAUGCUGGUGGUGUAAGUAGCACCCUGAGCUAAAAUGUGUAAAAUAUCACAUAGACUGAAAUCCGACACAAAAUUGGUCAUAAUUGGAAUUUUUUUUUUAAAGCAAAUACUAGUAAUUAGUGCUUCAACAGAUCAUAGAUCUUGUUAGAAAAAAAUGUAAGUCCCUGUAUAAAUAUAUGCUUAUGCAUUCAGAUAAUCAUCGGCAUUAUUAGUGGAACCCCAUAGAAUUUUUUAGAAGAAUAGAUAUUUUAUUCAUUUUCGUACUUCUUUUAUUGUCCGAGGUCAUCAUGACAAUCAUUUCUUUCAGACAUUUCUCAUGACAACUUUUAAAUACUUUCACAACCGGUGUCUUACAUUUUCCCAGAUUGUUUUAUUUUCUGUUUUGAUUUGAUGAUGAUAUUAUUUAGCCUUUACUGAACAAACUAUUGUUUUAUUUGUCUUUUGUUGAUAUUAUUUGGACUUUUACUGAACAAAGUACUGUAUUACAACAGACUUUGAGCAGAUUACUGCUUAUGUUUUUAAUUUGUGUACAUUGUGAAGACUCUUAUCUUUUAAUAGAAGAAAAACUCUACAAUUGGAAAUGCAAGAAAAUGAUUUUUAUUUUCAUAUUUAUACAACCUUAUGUUUUUGAUUUGAAAAAUAAAAUAUACCAAUUUUGGGCCUUAAGCAGCAAGAAGAAUACAUCGCCAUAAACAGAUGUAGCAUUAAAAAGGCUAAAACAACAUGAAAAAAGACCAACUAUAAAUGUGGUAUAAAUAGCGAUAUUACAUACCAUGCAUCUGGGGAAAUAACACAUCAUUUCAUCCCACAUACAUCCCAACAUCCCACAAACAUCCCAAAGAUUUCUUAGAAAUCCUAAUUACUGGUAAAUUUUCUGACAUGUUUACUUUUACCUCUGCCAGAUAGCUGUAGAUAGAUUUUUUUAGUUUUGCAGUGACAAUGUAUCAUUGUUAUAGUAAAAGUGUACACAAAUUUCUUUUAUUCUUGUUUGUGGGUUAUUUUUAUCUUUUCAAUAUUUGCACGACAAAAAUGAUUGAAAAUUGAUUAAGAUUAUUUCCAUCAUCAAUAAAUGUAAGCAAUACAUUCUCUACACGAUUUAGAUUUAAGAAAUGGUGAAGGCAAGUGUGAUUUUACCUGUUUUUAUUUCAAUGUAUAAAAAUCAUUUGAAUUUGUGUGAAUAACACCAUCUUGAUAAAUGCUUUCUUCUACAGGGCAUUCUAUGUUUGGAAUACAUCUUUUACAUUCAGUACUAACUGUUAUCAAAUCAUUAAAGUUUUUCACCAGC